CCAAAAUAGAGAUGCACGCAAAUCCGGAAAGCGGUGCUUAUAUUUUUCAUUGCGUUACAGUACAAAAUCCAGUCCGGUGAUCUGUGUUAGCUGAGAUGGAAGGAAGCGCGAGCUGCAGGUAACUAAAAGAUGCAACAUAGCAGGCAUGCGGUAUCAGCUCUUGGACUUGCCAUGGGAGGAUGUUCUAGUGCCACAUGUGCUCUGCUUCUUACCAAUGCACCACCUAAUGAUCUUGCAGAGAGUUAGCAAACAGUUUCAAGCCCUCAUCCAGGUCUACUUGGCCAACUGUCGCUCUUUUGACCUCUCUCAGGUUGGUCCUUGCAUCCCCAAGCAGGCAUUUUGUAACAUGCUGAGGGACAACAAAGUUCUCCAGAACUUGACACUCCAGAAUUGUUCUGAAUGGGUGACAGACAAAGAGCUGCUUCCUGUGAUUGGUCAGAAUCACCACCUGCAGCAGAUUGACAUGAACGGAUGUGACAGGCUGAGCCGCCAGUCUCUGGUGGCUGUUUCUCUCAGCUGUGCCCACCUAAAACACCUGUCCCUGGCACACUGUGAGUGGGUUGACAGCCUGUCCCUCCGCAGCCUGGCAGACCACUGCGUGGGGCUGGAGUCCAUCAACCUGACUGCCUGUCGGCAGCUCAAAGAUGAGGCCGUCUGCUACCUGGCCAGGAAGUGCCUCAAGCUGAAGUCGUUGUCAGUGGCAGUCAAUGCAAAUAUCAGCGAUGUCUCUGUAGAGGAGGUGGCCAAGAACUGUCCUCAAAUGGAGCACCUGGAUCUCACUGGAUGCCUUAGGGUCAGGAAUGAGUCCAUCAGGACUGUAGUGGAGUACUGUACUAAGCUUCAAUCUCUAAAGGUGAACCACUGUCACAAUAUCACAGAGACCACUUUAGGUUUGCUCCGGAAGAGAGGUGUGGAGAUAGAUGUGGAGCCUCCUCUACAGCGAGCACUGGUUUUGCUGCAGGAUGUUGUUGGAUUUGCUCCCUUCAUAAACCUCCAGAUCUAACCAGAAUUCUCUAGGUUAUCAAGUGAAGUACAGCAAUUGAAGAUUCAUUCAUUUCAAAAGAUGAAAGUUAUUUGUGCUGGCACAGGAGUAGAAAAUAAUGUGACUUGUUAAAAAUGUACUCUCACUAGUAAAUAUAGUACAAAUGUACAGAAUAGUUACUCCACCGCAGACUGGAGUUGGACUGUACAAGCUGUUUAAUUGUAUCUUACAUUACCAGCAUUAUUUAUCGUUAAUUUUAGCACAUCUGUUUAGAUAGCUCAUGACACAUGUGUAAUCUGUGUUAACGGUUCAACAUUCAUAACCCACUGCAGUGUCUUAUUUCUUUUGAACACCGAUACACUGCCCUGGAUGAUAAUGACAAAAUGUACAUUGACAUAGUGCAUGACACCCAAUGUGUGGCUCUUAAUGAUCAUUAUACUCUUGCAUGGUGCUGUGUAGAACUGCAGGGAUGUGGUCUUCAGGGUUAAUUUUUUUUUUUUUUUUUUUUAAACCUCAGAUUAACUACAAAGUACAGGAGAAGGAUGGACUGGUGAUGUAAAUCAGAUAUGUGUUUAUUUGUUUAUUAUUUAGCAUUAAUUUAUUUUUUCUUCAUUUUCAAAAUUGAUCUUUUUUGGUUUGACUGAGUUGUGGUUUCACCAAUAAAAACAAAAUAUGUAAUUAUGUUAUUAUAACCGUUAUUGUUAGACUUCCUUGUCAAAGAUGUUCAUUAUAUCAGGGUUUGGCAAUGUGCUGUAUCAGAAUAAUGAAGAAACACCCAAAUUGAAUUGAAACUUUAUACAGUAUACAGUAGUUCUUUCAAGACAACUUCACAUUGAUCAACAUUAAACUGUAUAUUUAAAAGAAAACAGUAAAGAAAUGAAAUAAGUACACUUCCAUGCUGAAUACAGUAAUUACGUGCCCUUUCUCUUGAAAAACAUAUCCAGCAUAGAUUGCUUCAUAUUUUUCAUGCUUUUCUCAAUUCACGCCGUUUGAAUCUUGUUACCUCCUCACGCCUGUUGCCAUGGUUGCAGUUUGUGUGGAGAUGGCAAUGGUUGCAUACGUCACACAUGAUUCGCACUACAAUAGGUUAUCUAUGAAUCAGCCUUAUCUUCGAAUUAGCCUACCAAGGUCUUUGUUUUCACUGAGAGAAUAACACAUUCACACUGGAGAAAGUUCAGUGUCAGUCAUUACCGAGGUCGUUUUAUCCGGGUAGAUUUUGUAAAAGUGAUCGUUCUAAUAAGGCUAAUUUUGAAAAAAACAGUUCUUGCUGCUUGGAUUGUUAAAAAAAGUGGGUUUGUUAUAGUGAAGUUUUGAUAUAUAUAUCUUGUUUAUAUUAACUUUUUAGUGGUUCAUUGUAACACUUUUUUUCAUAAAUUCCUGUAUUAGAAGAUUCAGAAACUUGUACCACCGAUUUAAAUUGAAGGUACCUAAAACAGCAUUGAAAAAUGCAUCAAUAAAGUAUCUUAAGGCUUAAUCAUUCAGUAUUGUUCUGUAGUUCUACUGUACAUGUAUGCAGAUUACUCUGGGAACUCUACGGUAAUUUAAACAAAGGUGACAUAUUUGUACACCAUCGGAUUAGUUUAAUACCUUGGCAAGUCUCAGUGUAACCAAUUUACCUUAGGUGGGAGGCUUUGGUUCAACUCCAUAUCUCCCUCAAUUAUAAGCUGGACAGCUUCUUGAAUGUCCCAUUUGGAUAUGGAGAGAGCACUUCUGGCAUCUGUUAUACUGCAUGUGGGGAACAUUUCCAGAAGAAGCUGCACCUGCUUGUCCUCCUCAUUGGAAACUUCCUUGAAAACAAAAGAUACAAAAUGCAAUGCUUGUAGUUGAUUUUAUUUUACUCCUCUCACUUACCAGACUACCAUUUAUUAAGUGCAUGUAACUCAGCUAAGCUUCUAGUAUCAUCUAUUUGCAUAUUUAAACAAAUACUCUAUUACCUUUGCUGUAGCUCCCUCUGGCUGUGCUGAAGAGUAGUGCUUUUCAUUUAUAAAGGACCAAUCUGUACUGGAAUCACAUUUGUUAGCUGAUGAAACUUCAGCAGGUGUCUUUGGGGUGACAUGUUCUGUCCCAAAUAAUAAUAAAACAAAAUAAAUAAAUGUAACUUGAGAGAAUGGAUUGCUGAUAUUUUCCACCACAAAUCUUGCUUCCAUAAAAUCAUCCCCAAAAAAUAAAUAAAUACCAAUGUGUUAG